AUGUUUGUUGCUGCCCUUGUCGAUCGUCAAGAAGGGCUGAUGACUAGUUUGUCGAAAAGAAACCAGGCUAGAGUUCGUGGACGCCAACUCUGGGUGUUGACAAUUUCGAGGUAUCCACGGAAACAUGAAACAGGGGUUCCAGAAUUCAAAUACAUAGCAAAUAUGCAUGGUAACGAGGUAUCAGGUCGGGUCUUUCUGCUGGGCCUAGCAUGGACUCUGCUUCACAAUUAUUAUACUAAUGAAUGGAUCCGAAAUCUUGUCGAUACCACACGAAUACAUCUAUUGCCUACAAUGAAUCCGGAUGGUUAUGAGCUCGCUUAUGAAGGUGAUGAGGCAGGAAUUCACGGAAGAACCAAUGCUAACAAUAAAGAUUUGAAUAGGAAUUUCCCUAGCAGAUUUCCCAACUAUUUCCCGUCUGAAGAGCUCCAACCGGAAACUGCAGCAGUGAUGAAAUGGACCAAAUCGAUCCCGUUUAUUUUAUCAGCUAGCCUUCAUGGUGGCACAACACUGGUAAACUAUCCGUUCGAUGAUCAUCCGACCCGGAGCGCUUCACGUCGUUACUCACCGUCACCGGAUAAUGAACUAUUUGGCCCACGGUGCCUCGACGAUCACUUGAAUUUGGCUACAGAACCACAGAAUGGAAUCGUCAACGGAGCAGACUGGUAUAUAGUGUCUGGUGGAAUGCAAGAUUGGAAUUACUUACACACUAAUUGCUUCGAACUGACUAUCGAACUGAAUUGCGUUAAAUAUCCUCCAAGAAGUGAACUAAAAACGUUGUGGGAUGAAAACAAAUAUCCCCUUCUCUAUUUCAUCAAGCAAAUUCACAAGUAA